AAGUAUAAUGAGCUUUGAUAUGUGGUGCACAUUCAGGUUUAAUUUGUAUCUGAAGCUAUUUAUUAUGCGGUUUGUCGUGAUGGGGUUUGGCGUGGGUAUAGAAUGGUCUGUGCUACCAGCGUUAUUCUUGCCUGAAGAAAUUCAGCCUGUACCAUUCAUUUACGUCUCGUUUACUGUUAACUUCGUAGACAUUGUGCAGAAUCUCUGCACCUUUAUUACGUUCAUAUGUAAAAAGAAGAUCAAGAUUAUGUUACUGAAGCGAUUUGGAUGCGGUUUACACGUUCGACAGACGACUGUAACAUCGAGCACCACCACGUCUGAAGUGGCUAUGCAAGACAAGAAUUCUUACGCACAGGAUAACUGUCACGUUAAAAGUUCACCCAGUGGGUCUGAACUCUAAAUUUCUAUGCAAAAUAUAAACUAAUAUUCUUUUCACUGAUUAUUCUUUG